UAUAAUGAAUUUUUAAUCGAUCAGUUCAAAUGUAAAAGUGGUGGCGCCUUAAUUUGAACCGUCCACUACUCCCAACCAAACAGCUCAAAGCGACCCAGUGUAGCCACCCGUACCGAGCAAUGUAAUUUCAAUUUUGUAAGAACCUAAAAAAGCAUGGCUAAAAUUUUACCCCUCCGAAGCUUGGAACAAGUAAAGAAACAGAAAUUCAAAGAUGAGGGCGUCGUUACAAUAACUUCCCUGGAACAGAUUGAAGUCGAGGAGGCUGUUUAUAAAAAACUGCACGACUUAAGUUUAAGAAUCAAAGUCAAUCCUAAUUUACCCGAAUUGUUGCAAGAGAACCACAAGUGUUAUCUUUUGGAUUGUUUAAUUUACCUUUCGUCGGGUUACCAGUCGUUAGAUGCGAGCCGACCAUGGCUGUGCUAUUGGAUUUUGCACGCGUUGGCUUUAAUGGGAAUCAAAAUCGAUGAGAAACUCAAAAGUGCCAUUGCAAAAUUUCUAGCAAAAUGCCAGAGCCCUGAUGGGGGCUUUGGAGGAGGGCCUGGACAUCUGGCCCAUCUCGCAGCGACGUAUGCGGCCGUGAAUGCUUUGGUUAUCUUAGGCACAGAAGAGGCUUAUAAUGUUAUUAAGAGAGAUAAGUUACAGCAAUUUUUGUGGCGGAUGAGGCAGCCUGAUGGCUCCUUCUGUAUGCAUAAGGAUGGCGAAAUUGAUAUUCGUGGUGUUUAUUGUGCUUUAGCCGUCGCUAGUCUUACAAAUGUGUUGACGGAGGACCUAGUCAGAGGCACUUUUGAGUGGAUAAUUAGUUGUCAGACUUACGAAGGGGGCUUUUCAGGCUGUCCAGGGAUGGAGGCUCACGGCGGCUAUGCUUUCUGCGGCUUGUCUGCACUUAUCAUUUUAGGGAAGGGUCAUCUCUGUGAUUUGCAAGCUUUAUUGAGAUGGACAGCGAACAGGCAAAUGAGAUUAGAAGGUGGUUUCCAGGGACGUACAAAUAAGCUAGUUGAUGGCUGUUAUUCCUUUUGGCAAGGGGCCGCUUUUCCAUUAAUUUAUAGUUUAUUGGCUGAAGAUGGUUUUGAAGUGAAAAACCAUUUGUUUGAUGAGCGAGCUUUACAAGAAUACAUUUUAACGUGCUGUCAGCACCCACAAGGAGGUCUCUUAGAUAAACCUGGCAAACACAGGGACAUUUACCACACUUCAUACACUCUAAGUGGACUGUCAGUAGCGCAGCAUUUUAUGAACGAUAUUCAUAUUCUAGGAGAUCCAGACAAUGAAGUGUGUUGCACACAUCCAGUUUACAACAUUAGGCCCGAUCAUGUGCGAAAAGCUAUGAUUUUUUUUAAUAAUCUAGGGGUCCCAAGCAAUCACAACGUGAGCACGUGACGGUUAUAACCUGUUACCCUUAUUUUCUACAUAAUUAUUGCCGAAUACAAGUUUUUAAAUAC